CUCCCUUCUCUGACGCUGCAUUUGUUUUGAUCGAAAGUUUUUGAGCUUCUGAGGUUUUGAUGCUUGAGCAGCUGGGUUCCCCGGCCGCUCAUGCAUACUGGAGCCGACUUGUGCUCCCUCCUCCGAUGACUCUUUGGGAUCUGUCGGUUUCCUCCGAUGACCCUUCAGGGUUUGUCGGUUUCUGGGAGCUCGUUGGUUGUCCAAAUCUGGCCACCGCUAGUCUGGAUCCCUACCGCGGUGUCGUGGAGAUUUUGCACCAUCCUCUCCCGAGUAGAUUGAACGAUGUCUCAUAGCUGGAUCGGUCGACCACAAGUUGUGCAAGUGUCUUCACCUCCCUUCCUCCUUUGCAUCGGGUCUACUCUGCCUUGUUUCUCCAAUUUGUUCAUUCUUUGUCUGAUACUCUUAUCCCUUUGGAUAAAACCUUGAUGUAGAU